GUGACACUAUGCCAAUGAAACGUGACUGCUCCACCAAAGAUGGACUGUUCCUCAUUCAACCUUUGUGCAGCUCUCCAGAUGAAACGCGCUUUCACAAGGAGGAUGAUUCACAAAUUAAAUCUGAAGAGGAGGACAGUAACGAGACCCCUUCAUCUGAGGAGGACCAGGACAUUGUGGACUACAACCUGAGCCUAAAGCAGAGUGUUUCCUCCAGAAAAACUAUCAGCCAAAUUAUUAAAGACAAGAAGAAACAGACACAUCUCACUCUGCAAUGGCUGGAGGAGAAUUACAUUGUGUGUGAAGGAGUGUGUCUGCCUCGCUGCAUCCUGUAUGCUCACUACCUGGACUUCUGCCGCAAAGAGAAACUAGAGCCAGCCUGUGCUGCCACCUUUGGAAAAACAAUUCGGCAGAAGUUCCCACUGUUGACAACGAGACGUCUGGGCACAAGAGGACACUCCAAGUAUCACUACUAUGGCAUUGGCAUUAAGGAGAGCAGUGCUUACUAUCACUCAGUGUACUCUGGGAAAGGCUUGACAAGAUUUUCAGGAAGCAAACUGAAGAAUGAGGGCGGUUUCACUCGGAAGUACUCCCUCAGUUCCAAAACAGGAACACUGCUCCCAGAUUUUCCCAGUGCUCAACACCUUCUUCUGCAGGGAAACAUUUCCAGGGAAAAGGUUGACACUCUGAUCAUGAUGUAUAAAACUCACUGUCAGUGCAUCCUGGAUAAUGCCAUUAAUGUCAACUUUGAGGAGAUCCAGAACUUCUUGCUGCACUUCUGGCAGGGCAUGCCCGACCAUCUGCUGCCCCUGCUGGAGAACGAUGUCAUUGUGGACAUUUUCUGUGUAUGUGACUCCAUUUUGUACAAGGUUUUAACAGAUGUCCUUAUUCCUGCCACAAUGCAAGAGAUGCCAGAAAGUUUAUUGGCUGACAUCCGAAACUUUGCGAAACACUGGGAACACUGGUUAGCGUCCUCUCUGGAGAACCUACCAGAAUGUCUUGCGGCAAAAAAGCUGCCCAUUGCACGCCGGUUUGUCUCAUCUUUGAAGAGACAGACCUCGUUCUUACACUUAGCCCAGAUCGCUCGCCCAGCACUCUUUGACCAAGCAGUGGUGACUGGGAUGGUAUUGGACAUUGACAGUGUGGAUCUAAAUAACAUCAGCUCUCAGCCUCUGCUCAGUGUCAGCUGCCAAGGCGACCAGGACCAAGAGAUCUACUCCGAGUAUGACUCAGUGAGUGUGUUUCAUGAGCUUAAAGAGCUGCUGAGGAAAAAUGCCACAGUUGAAUCUUUCAUUGAAUGGUUAGACACUGUUUUGGAGCACAAAGUCAUCAAGCCUGGUAAACAGAGUGGCCGUUCAGUGAAGAAACGAGCUCAGGACUUUUUACUGAGGUGGAGUUUUUUUGGAGCAAGAGUGAUGCACAAUCUAACCCUAAAUAAUGCCUCCAGUUUUGGCUCUUUUCACCUGAUCCGGAUGUUGCUGGACGAGUACAUCCUUUUGGCUUUGGAAACUCAGUUUAACAAUGACAAGGAACAGGAACUGCGCAAUCUCCUUGACAAAUACAUGAAAAAUGCAGAUGCAAGUAAAGCAGCUUUUAUGGCAUCGCCCAGUUCCUGUUUUCUGGCGAAUCGCAACAAAGCAAAUCCGGUCUCUGACCAAUCAGUGAAGAAUGAGUCUUUGGUGGAACAGUCCUAUGUGUUUUCAGUGAGCAGUCAGCAGCAGCCUGCAGCAGACACAAACAUUUACCUGGGCACUGAACCAUCCAUGUUUACAUUAACAGGUUCCCAAGUGGACUUCUCACAAGUGAGCGGGACACUCAUGACGCCCCCUAUCUCUCCAGUGGGAGUAGUGCACCGUGGCUCAGUCAUAAACCAGGGUCCCAUGGCAGCACGACCUUUGACCUUUUCCUCCUCCACAUCUUCAUCAUCCUCAUGCCAGUCGUCACUCAGCACCCUAACACAGCCUAGCCCCUGCUCCUCCUACACAGAAACCCUGUAUCAGGGCUUACCUCAGAGUGGAGCAGGGUACUUCCCUCCAACCAGCCAGGCAUCUAACUACCAACUGUCUCUCAGGCCUCAGAGCCAGUGUGUGUCCUCUGUCCCCUCCCAGAGCUCCUCGCUGGGAUACUCUGUCUGUCGUUACCCCUCUUUCAGUGAACAGCCCCUCAGUAAAGAAGUGUUCUUCAGCCACACUUCUGCCCCACCCUCCACCAGAACUGCCCCCUGCUCUGUGCCCUCUUAUGGGCCCCUUCGCUCCAGCUACGCCUCUGAGUCUGAACCACACCACCCUGAACCAGGACUGGACCAGACUCAUAUCAUGGACUCUGAGGCCUUUGGGUUUGGGGCACAGAGUGCACAGAGCGGCUAUUCUGCAGCAACCGCUCACAGUGGUUACUAUGGAAACAGCCCAUGUUUGGAGAGGAUGACCUCACUGGAUCAGCACGUGUCAGUGAUCAGCAGUGUGAGCAGUCUGAGAGCAUUUGGGUCUUUCUCUGAGGCUCACGACCCUCUGAACCUGCUCGGAGAAAUCACCCGCAAAACAACAGCACUGUGUUUUACAGCGAGUCCCUCCCUGUUGUCCGUCACAGCCCCCUGCAUGUUCAGUGGCUCUUCUUCGUUCUCCUCUCAGGACGCCAUCUUGUCCCAGCAGCAGCAGCAGCGCGUCCCAUCAGUCUCUGAGGUGCACGACCUGGUGUCUUCACUGCCCCCCAUUAACACUGUGUUUAUGGGGGCUGGGGGAGUGCAGUGA